AUGAAUAAUUUGACCUUGACUCGUCAACCGAUCACAGCUUCCAGAAGGAAAGAAUCAAACCAACCGUAUUCCAAAUCCCAGCGACGGCCGUCCUCCGCCAUCAUCCCAGGCUUCCCAUCGGCUCUCGCCUCCCCCGACCCGCAGCCGCCGCCGCAUCCGCCCUCGAAAUCCUCCUCGCCGGGCUCGGACCCGCGAAAAACCUGACCGACCCGCCAACCGUUUCCGGGGGAGGGGGGGAAAAGAUCGAGGGCUUUUGCCGGAUUCGACGGAGAUGGCGAAGCCGGGAUUGCUCGACCUGGAGAAGCACUUCGCCUUCUACGGCGCGUACCACAGCAACCCGGUCAACGUGGCCAUCCACAUGGUGUUCGUGUGGCCCAUCCUCUUCACCGCCCUGCUCCUCCUCUGCUACGCCCCGCCCCUCUUCGGCCUCCCCCCGAUCGAGCUGUCCCUGUUCGGGCACGGCCUGGCGUUGUUCCUGAACGUCGGGUGCCUGCUGGCCCUCGUCUACGCCGCGUUCUACGUGUUCCUCGACCCGAGGGCCGGCUCCCUGGCCGCUCUGCUCUGCCUGAUGUGUUGGGUCGCCGCCAGUUUCGUCGCGGGCAGGCUCGGGUUCUCUCUCGCUUGGAAGCUGUGCCCUCAUCCCCGAAAUGUUGGGAAUGCAAGAGCUGUUAGGCUACACAUAGGCAGAUGGUCAGAAAAACGGCUAUACAUAGGUAGUGUUGUUUCAUUGAGCCGUAUUGGAUCGUUUUUCUGGUGUUGUAUACGUCAUUCUUGCACUUUCGUGUUUGGUGUGCUAGCAUUCGACGAUGGGGGCGCGAUAUUGGUUGUUGCUCGGUCGGUCGUAGUGGUGAGGUUCUAAGUAGAAUGUUUAGCUUGGGAGCUUUUGGCUCUCUAUCCUUUGAGCUCCGGCUGUGAAUUAUCUUCAGAACUACAAAAGGAGACUGGCGCGGUUGCUCCCCUAUUAUUGGCCGGGUAGUGCUGUCUGUGAGGAUUGGUGAUCUUCAAAUUCAGAACUGAGGAUAGCAUGUGGACUCACACUGUCCAUAUUCAUCUUGAAGGCGCAUCAUUGUUUCAUGUUCACUGAAAUAGCGAUCACAGUACUCUUCACGACUUCUAUUUUAUUAUGUUGGCUCUCAUUUUUCACUUAUAUGGUUUCUCCAGAGACUUAUGUUUCUUUUUUAUUAUCAUCAGAGUUUCAAAGAUGCAGUGCAAAUUUGGAUCAA